AUGGGGAGAACAAAACAUGGUAAUAGAGAUGUUCAUUUUUACAACAUCAGAGGCACAGACAAAAUGGUUCAAGCCGGGGAUUGCGUGUUGAUGCGGGCGGCCGAGAGCAACACGCCGCCUUAUGUGGCGCGCGUGGUGAAGAUGGAGGCGGACGGCAGCAACAAUUUGAUCGUUAGGGUUCGUUGGUAUUACAGGCCGGAGGAAUCUGUUGGAGGGAGGCUCGAGUUUCAUGGUGCCAACGAGCUGUUCUUGUCGGAUCACUAUGACACUCAGAGUGCUAACACCAUCGAAGCCAAAUGCACGGUCCAUACCUUUGAGGAUUACACCAAGCUCGAGGAUGCUACCGCGGAGGAUUACUAUUGUCGAUUCCAAUACAGAGCCGCCUCCGGACUUGUCUUGCAAAAUACAGUCGCAUUGUAUUGCAAAUGUGAGAUGCCAUAUAAUCCAGAUGCUUUGAUGAUACAAUGUGAGGAGUGUGAGGAUUGGUUUCACCCGGCAUGCAUUAAUCGGACGAUAGAGCAGGUGAAGCAGUUGGAUCGCUUUGUCUGCUCCGAACACACGCUGAAGAAGCCUCUCGACACUGCAGUGGCGAACCGCGAGGCAAGGCCCAAACGGCAGAAAAAGUAAAUCGUGCAAUAUUUCCUCUUUUUUUAUUGAUAAAUGAACAGAAAUUUAAAGGUCGCACGUCAUGGUGACAAUACUGGCUUCUUGUAAUGUAGGAGAGGCCACUUUUUUUCUUCUUUUAUUUUCUUUAUCUUU